AACAGAAUCUGGAACUAGAGCUUUGGUAGAGCCAAUGGUGCUCCUGUUACCUCUCCUCGUUGUAGUCAUGGUAAAGCACAGCCAUGCCCGGACUCACUCUCUCAGGUAUUUUCGCCUAGGCAUUUCUGAUCCUAGCUAUGGAGUCCCUGAGUUUAUCUCUGUUGGAUACGUGGACUCACACCCUAUCACCACAUACGACAGUGUCACUGGACAGAAGGAGCCACGGGCCCCACGGAUAGCAGAGAACCUGGCACUGAACCACUGGGAGAGGUACACUCAGCUGCUGAGGGGCUGGCAACAGGCAUUCAAGAUGGAGCUGAGGCACCUGCAGAGGCAUUACAGUCACUCAGGAUUUCACACUUAGCAGAGAAUGACUGGCUGCGAGUUGCUGGAAGAUGGCAGCACCACUGGGCUUCUUCAAUAUGCAUACGAUUGACAAGAUUUUAUCAUCUUCAAUAAAGACACACUUUCUUGGAUAGCUAUAGAUAAUGUGGCUCGUAUCACCAAGCAGGCAUGGGAGACCAAUCUGCGUGAGCUACAGUAUCAAAAGAACUAGUUGGAAAGAGAAUGCAUUGCCUGGCUAAAGAGAUUUAUAGAGUAUGGCAAAGAGACCCUACAGAGAACAGAUUAAACAGAACACCUUGUGAAUCACAAAGAAAUUUUCCCAGGGAUUACAACUCUCUUCUGCAGAGCUCAUGGCUUUUACCCUCCAGAAAUUUCCAUAACGUGGAUGAAAAAUGGGGAAGAAAUAUUCCAAGAAGUGGAUUAUGGAGAUAUUCUUCCCAGUAGGGAUGGAACCUAUCAGACAUGGGUGUCGAUUGAGCUGGAUCCUUAGGGCAGUGACCUCUACUCCUGUCAUGUGGAGCACUUCUGCCUCCAUGUUGUUCUUCAUGACACCCACGAAUUGGGAACUGUCUGUCUGAUGAUGAAAGCUGUCUUUGGAGCCAUUAUCCUCACCAUUGUCCUAUCUGGAGUUGGUAUUCUGGCCUGGAGAAGAAGGCCCCCAGAGCAAAAUGGAAUCAUCUACCAUCCUAUGCCAGACUGAAGAUUGCAUUCUCCUUCUGGUAACCAAGAUCUCCUCUGUCUUACGUGUUCUCAAGUCCAUUGCUUGAAGCUCUUGACAACACUUGGGUAUUACAGGAUUAAGCAUUUGUGUCAAAAAGAUAUGAGCCACAAAUUUUUCAUUGUUCUUUGGCUCCAAAAGAACGGUCAGCUUUAGGGCUCUUUUUGAUAGAUUCCUUUAUCAUAUUAGGUUUUAAGUACAGUUUGUCUCAUGACACAACACUUCCUACAUCCCAUUUCUCACAGAUGAUUUAUGAGAUUAGAAAAUCUCAGACCUGGAAGGAACUUUGUCAUCUAGACAGGAAAUGCCUUUUACAAUGCUUUAUUUUAUUUUAGUGUGUGGGGGUGUAGGUGUACUGGUACAGGACUUGAACUCAGAGCCUUAGUGUUGUCCCUUAGC